CCGCAGCCUGGGGCCCUUGCUCAUGUGCUCAGGGCUUCUGAGGCCCCUGAUAUGCUCUGGAAAGGCCCUUGCUGUCUCCACUGGUUCCUGGAUGCCAUUGGUGACUACUAUUUCUGCAUAUUUCACUCUGGACUGAAAUCUCUGCUCUUGUCCUAGUUGAACAGCAGGAACUGGUUGAGCCCUGGGGGUCACGGUGCCAUGAAGGCAGCUCUCUGGGCCUUGGGACUGGGGACCCUUCUCCUCACUCUCAGGGCAGUCCCUGUUGGUGGACCAAGAGACCUGAGGCUGGCGUACCGACACAGUCCCUGCGACGGAGUGGUGCUAGUCCUACACGAUGGGCAGUGGGGACAUGUGUGCAACCAGGAGUGGACGUUGGCAGAGGCAUCCGUGGUCUGCAGGCAGCUGGGCUGUGGACAUGCUGUGGGAGCCCCCAAGUACGUCCCACUGCCCGGGGAGAUGGUGCGGCCCUGGCUCCACAACGUGUCCUGCAGUGGUGACGAGCCCUCCCUCUGGGAGUGCAGCCUCGGGGCCUGGACACAGACCGAGUGUCCCCAUGAGUGGGUGGUGGUCGCUCUGUGUGCGAAUGGCACUUUUCGGGAGAUCCGGCUGGUAAAGGGCCGCAGCCCCUGCUCCGGACUCCCCGAGAUCAGGAAUGCGAACGGGGUGGAUCGCCUCUGUGGCCUCCAUGAAGAGGAGGCCACGGUGUUCUGCCGGGAGCUGGGGUGUGGGCCUGCACUUCAGGCUCCCCGCCAGGAUGUGGGCGUCGUUGGGAAGUAUAUGACGUGCCGGGGCACCGAGCCGACCAUCCGGAACUGUAGACUCAACAACCGCCUGCGCAGGGGCUGUGACUUCCAGCACGAUGCCGAGGUGGUCUGCUCAGGACACAUGGAAGCCCGGCUGGAGGGCGGUGAGCACCCCUGUGCUGGGCGUCUGGAAGUGAGGCGCGGCCUGACCUGGGGCACUGUCUGUGAUGCUGACCUGGACCGGGCGACGGCCCAUGUGGUGUGCCGGGAGCUGCAGUGUGGUUCUGCUGUGUCCACUCCUGGGGGGGCCCACUUCGGCCAGGGCUCUGGGCUCGUGUGGACAGAGGCCUUCCGUUGUGCAGGCAAUGAGUCUCUGCUGUUCCACUGCCCUCGGGGGCCCGGGCGCCAGUGUGGGCACCACCAGGACGCCGGGCUCAGGUGCUCAGAGUUCCAGCUGGUUAACGGCAGCAGCAGCUGUGAGGGACGCGUGGAGCUCCAGGUGCAGGGGGCCUGGGCACCCCUCUGUGCUGCCCACUGGGACUUAGCGGAUGCCACCGUCCUCUGCCACCAGCUCAACUGUGGCAGCGCGGUGGCCACACCCCGAGGAGGCCACUUUGGGGUCGGGGACGCUCCCAUCUGGCCUGAUGUGUUUCACUGUGUGGGGACAGAGCCCUACUUAUGGAAUUGCCCAGUAACUACCCUGGGGGCCGGGGUCUGUGCCCCGGGAAACGCAGCCACCGCAGUCUGCUCAGGUCUCCCCCACGCCCUGAGGCUGAGGGACGGACAGAGCCGCUGCGAUGGUCGCGUGGAGGUCUCCCUGAACGGGGUGUGGGGCCGCGUCCUGGACGACGCGUGGGACCUGCGUGGCGCCCGCGUGGUGUGCAGGCAGCUCGGGUGCGGACAGGCCGACCGGGCGUACGACGCGUCGGCGCCUGGGCGCGGGGCGCUCCCUGUGGGGCUGAGCCGCGCGCGCUGUCUGGGCACUGAGACCCGCCUGACCCAGUGCAACGUGUCCGCGUCCCCGCUGGUGCCCGCGGGGGCCACGCGGGACGCGGGCGUCGUGUGUUCGGGUGAGUGAGGCCCGGGGUGCCCGCCCCUCGGCCCCUGGGCCCGCCGCCCUGACGCGGUGUCUCCGCAGGGAGCCGGCGUGUUGCACGGGGGCGACUGGAGCACCGUGUGUGACGACGGCUGGGACCUGCGGGACGCCCAGGUGGUCUGCCGGCAGCUGGGCUGCGGCCGCGCCCUCCGCGCCCUGGGCGCCGCGCCCUUCGGUGCCGGGGCGGGGCGCAUCUGGAUGGCCGAGCUGGGCUGCAGGGGCCACGAGUCUGCGCUGUGGAGGUGCCCGUCGGGGGGCCGGGGCCCGCGGGACUGCGGGCACAAGGAGGACGCCGGCGUCGUCUGCUCAGGGUCAGUGGCCCUGAGGCUGCGAGGUGGCACCCACCAGUGUGCUGGGUGGCUUGAUGUGUUCUACAAUGGGACGUGGGGUGCCGUGUGCAGUAAUGCCCUGAAAGACAUCUCCUUGUCCAUCAUCUGCAAGCAGCUGGUGUGGGGAGCAGGGCUGGCUAGAGAACAGGCCUGUCCACACUGGCUUGGGCACCUCCUGGCUGGACAACAUCGAGUGUCGCAAGCUGAGAAACUCCACACUGUGGCAAUGCCCCUCGGCACCAUGGCACCCACGCUCCUGUGCCCAUGGAGAGGAAGCUUGGGAUUGUCAGAAAAAAUGACACAGGAUUCUGGGGAGACCAACUGCUCAUCCGCCCACAGCUGCCCAGGGGAGGGCAUGCUGCGUGUGCGUGGAGGCAAGGACAGCUGCUCGGGCCGCGUGGAGCUCUGGCACGCUGGCUCCUGGGGCACCGUGUGUGACGAUUCCUGGGACCUGGCAGACGCGGAGGUGGUAUGCCGCCAGCUGGGCUGUGGCCCAGCUGUGGGUGCCCUUGCCGGGGCCGCCUUUGGCCCAGGCUCAGGGCCCGUGUGGCUGGACGAGGUGGGGUGCCGGGGCAGCGAGGCGUCUCUGUGGAACUGCCCCGCAGAGCCGUGGGGACUCGGAGACUGCGGGCACAAGGAGGACGCGGGCGUGCACUGCUCCCGUGACAGGGGGACCACGGUUCGGCCACCAGCACUGGGAUGGACAUCAGGCGCCCCCCUCACCCCUCCAACUGCCCUCAAGGCCGGGAACCUGCCCAUGACCUUUUGUCUUGUCCUGGCCACCCUCCUGGUCAUCAUCUCCCUGGUCCUGGGGGUUCAGUGGUUCCGUGGAAGGAGAGUCUGCCAGGGUUCCAGAAUGUUGGGGAGUCUGCCCUCAGAGGGUGUUUAUGAGGACAUCGGAGUUGUUCCCCUGGGGGAGAAAGAUGAGAGGCCCAGAGUGUCCCUGAAUCUGGCCCUGGAGGAGGAGUAUGAUGACGCUGGGGAACCGGAACAGGGCCCUGAGGAGGAGGACACGCCCCUGAACCCCGCCGGUGUGGGGUUCCUUGCAGCCUGGGCCCCCAAGCUCCUGCUGAGACAGAAGAAGCGGCAUGCCCUAGGACCUGAUGACAGUGUGCUGGCCAUGGGACGUCAGCGAGACCAGAGUGGGGAGAGAACCCAGGCCCCGGGGUCUUUCAUUAUCUUCAUUUCUAAGAGAGAUGUCAUUAAACUCCCUUGGAAGUUCCUCAUUCACCCAUUAAUUCAUCUCAGAAGCAUUACUCAGGCUCCACCACAGCCCGGGUUGUGUUUCCUCCCGCUUCACCCUGGUCGGAUGCGGGCCGAGUGUGUCCGACUUCCUCAUUUCUGCACUGUGGACUGCUCCCCGUCCCAUCCCCAGUGCGGAAUGCUCCCCAUCCCUUCCCCAGUACAGACUGUUCCCCAUCCCUUCCCCAUGCAGAAUGCUCCCCGUCCCUUCACCAGUAAGGAGUGCUCCCUGUCCUUCCCCAGUGUGGAGUGCUCCCAGUCCUUCCCCAGUGUGGAGUGCUCCCUGCCCUUCCCCAGUGUGGAAUGCUCCCCUGCAGAGUGCAGACCUUCCCACAGCGUGACCAUGCUGCCAGUGGUACAUCAGGACCUGGUCACAGAGGGACUCAUGUGCCGUGUGGUGACCCUCCCACAGCAGUGA